AUGGUAGCAGCAAUGAGUAGUGUAGUGGAAUGUUUGGAAUUACAACCCGCGGAAAUCAGUGGUUUGAAAGCUGCCGGAAAGAAGAAAGUGCUGUUGCUUGGGAGGGAAAAGCAUACGAGAUCACCGAGUGAAGAAUCGCUACGUGCCAAGCUUCGCAAGGAAGCGCGUCGCCGCGGUCUGAAGCAAAAAUUGGAGUCGUUGCCAAGCGAUGAUGAUAUAGAGAUUUUCUCCAUGUAUCUUCAAGUUGCCGCAGCUGUUGUGAAAGAUGAUUGUAACAAACUGAUUGAUUAUCUCGGCUACAAAGAAGCAGUGGCUAAAUCAUCAAAAGUUUUGCAAGAUUUUUUGCCGAGGAAGAUUUUCAUCGAUUUGCUUCAAAUUUCGGAUGAAACAAAGAGCGAUGGUCUUGUGCCAGUUGAUUCAAUUAUUAAUUAUAUAAUACUUAGGAAGCGUAAAAUGAUGAACUUGAUCAGUUUGCAUUAUUACGAUUCCUUGGGAAAAGGAUAUCUCACUGGAGAGGUAGUGGCUUUUUCGAUAUUCGCUUGUUCCUGUUGUUAUUGA